CCCUCUCCUUGCUUUUCCCUUCUUGAGUAGCCUUCUCUUGUUGCUGCUGUUCCUGUUCCACCUCCUCCUGCUCUUCCAUCCACCCUUUCGCUUCUCCUCCUGCAACAACAGACAGCUAAAACCCCCCUUUCGCCAACUCAUUCUCAUUCUCCUUUCGGUUCCAGAUGUCAGGUUUGUAUAACAAUCCCAACUUCUCACCCGUCAGAGCUGCUUCUCCUCAGAUUAUCAGACACACUCCGGAUGUUGCAGAAAGCAGUCAGUACUUGGCAGAGCUUAUAUCAGAGCAUCAGAAGCUCGGGCCUUUCAUGGAAGUGCUGCCCAUUUGCAGCCGCCUGCUGAAUCAAGAAAUUUUGCGGGUUUCUGGGAUGAUUCCAAACCACAGUUUCGCAGAAUUUGAUGGAGUGAGACAGAGAAGUCCAAGUCCCAUGGCAUCUCCCAACAUAAUGUCAAACUAUUCUGGUGCGGGAGGGUUGGGAGGUUGGAGCGGUCUCCUGCAGGAGGAUGAGGCAAUUAGGGGAAGGCUGGGAUACGAGAACCUGAAUGACCCGCUUCAUAUCUUAAUCGAGGCUAAGUUACCUGGCCAUGUUGUUGAUAAAAGACUCAGACAGGCUCAGGAAGUAAUCGAAGGAUGGCUGAAACCUGUGGGCGAGUCGCAGGACUACAUCAAGAGGCGGCAAUUGCAAGAACUCGCGAUACUCAAUUCAAGUUUCCGAGAAGAGAGUCCCGGGCCUAGUGGAAGCAUGUCAUCUUUCAACACCAUUGGGAUGAAACGUGCAAAGACGGGGUGCUGAGAGAGGGAUAUUGCAUCUUUAUGAUGUUCUUCGAGAUGGUUUUGAACAAGCAUAGCCUAACAGUUGUUACAGUGAACCGACGGUAUUAUUGGUUUCGGGGUCUAUUUUCUUCACCUCCAUUUACUAUGAUUUGUGUGAUUGUUAUUAUUUUUGCUACAAAGUGACAAAUACAACACCACAAAAAAAAAAAAGGAAGAGAAAUGAUGUAUUUGUUGUAGUCUGCCAUGUAUUGCAAUACAUGGCAGAGGUCAGUUUUGCAUGUAACCACAGGGGAAUAUUCUUUGGAUUUAUUAAUGUAAUUGAUGCUACUUAGUUUUGCUAAAUAUAAAAUAGUAUAUGUAAUAUA